ACAGGGCAUUUUCAACGCAUAAGAGUUGAAAACUGGCGCAACAAAAUUUUCUCUUGCGUAGUUUUAUACGUCUUUCGCUCGAAAUUUCUGCUUGUGUGUGGACAUUGUAACCAGGUCGCUCAGCGCGCACAUCACAAUGGGUCUCGGCUUCGGAAACCUUCACAAGAGCCGCGGCAUCGUGGCCUACCGGCUGUCGCCGUUCGAGCAGCGCGCCUUCGCCGGCAUCACCAAGGCGCCGCUGAACUUCCUGCGCCGCAUCCGCGGCAACGUCUUCACCGUGGCGCCCCCUUUCAUCGUGGCGUACCUGGUGUACAACUGGGGCGAGGCCGAGUACGCCCGACUCUCCAGGAAGAACCCGGCCGACUUCGCCAACGACGUCUGAGCGCGCCCUGUUUGUGUGCGUGUGUGUAGCUGAGACAAUGGACUGACGCGGGUGACCGACAGGCGCGGUGUUCACCGGGUUCCAACAACAGUGCGUCAAUGUGCUGCGGAGUUAAAUCCGCGCAUCGGCCCAGCCGGUGGUGGUUAGGUGAAUUUUAUUAGAUCGGAAAUACAAACUCCGUAACAUCGUCGUACGUAAACCAUCCGAAGUGUAUGAGACAAUACACGAAACUGAUAAUUAU